GAGAGUACAUUUUCUUUCCUGUUCACUCAGAUUCAUGGUAUCUAGCACAGGGAUCUUGGCUUCCAUGGUUCGUAUGAAUUUGCUAUCUACAAUUCGUUCGUACGGUGCUUUCUCUGUUGGCAAUAUAGGGCUGAGUAGAUUGGCCUUUUUUAACAGUUUUUCUCCGAGGGUCUAUAGUCGUUUAAUCCCGCACUAUUCAACUGUAAACAAGAUGAGUUCUGUUUCUCCUGAAAUAAAGGAGACCAACAUAACCAUUUUUCACAAGAUCGUGAGUGGUGAGAUUCCAUGCAAGAAGGUCUACGAAGACGACUUGGUUCUCGCAUUUCACGACAUAAAUCCUCAAGCUCCUACUCACAUUUUGGUUAUCCCAAAGAAAUUCGACGGCUUGUCAAGGCUAAGUGAAGCAACAGAGAGACACCAGAGUAUCCUGGGUCACAUGUUGGUCAAGGUUUCGCAUAUAGUAAAGGAGAAUGACCUUGGAGAUUUCAGACUGGUAGUAAACAACGGACCGAAUGCAGAUCAAACUGUAUUUUAUCUUCAUAUGCACAUUUUGGCUGGAAGGAAUUUCUCAUGGCCACCCGGUUAAACUGGAGGUUAUAACUACUAAUGUGUUCCUACAUCGCUAGGGUAGGGUAACACCUCACUCGUCAAUCUGUACUUUC